AGCAAACUAUGGCUUAAAAUGAAACAGUCUUGGGAUUUGACUCACAUUCUACAAAGACGCCAAUUUUGGGGAAAUUAACCAUGAAUGAUUUGCAGUACAUUCCACUUCUCCCUAUCUUCUUGGCUGCUGUAGGCUUGGCUGACUUACUUCCAAAAGCUCCUUUCAUCACUACUCCACUUGAGACUGUGGAUGCAUUAGUGGAAGAAGUUGCCACUUUCAUGUGUGCUGUCGAUUCAAAUCCCCAGUCGGAAAUAACAUGGACACGCAAUAACAUUCCUAUCAGAUUGUUUGACACACGGUACAGCAUUCGCGAGAACGGCCAGCUCCUCACCAUUCUCAGUGUGGAAGAGAGCGAUGAUGGUGUGUACUGCUGCGUGGCUAAUAACCAGAUUGGGGACCAAGCAGAAAGCUGUGGGGCUUUGCAAGUGAAAAUGAAACCAAAAAUAACUCGGCCUCCAAUAAACCUAAAACUUGUUGAAGGUGUAAAGGCUGUUCUUCCUUGCAAUACUUUGGGAAAUCCAAAACCCUCAGUUUCUUGGAUGAAAGGAGAAAACACUGUAAAGGAGAAUGCACGUAUUGCCAUUCUAGAGUCUGGGAGUCUAAGGAUUCAAAAGGUACAAAGAGAAGAUGUUGGCCAAUAUCGAUGCAUGGCAAAGAACAGCCUUGGAACUGCCUAUUCCAAACCAGCAAUGCUAGAAGUUGAAGUGGUUGCCAGAAUCUUGAAGGCCCCAGAGUCUCAGAACGUGACAUUUGGUUCAGAAGUGUCUCUGAGGUGCACAGCAGCAGGCAUUCCUGUUCCCUCCAUCCGCUGGUUUGAAAACGGAAAAGCUGUUUUACCAGAAUCUGUGGAGGAAAAUAUCAAGGAUGGAGUGAUUUUCUCCAGGUUAAACAUAUAUGCCACCAGACCAGGACUUUUUACUUGUAUGGCAGAUAAUAAACAUAGUGGAAGUUUUGGGACAGCGAAAGCUGCAGCAACAAUCACUAUAUCGGGUAAGCUACUGUACAAAGGGGAAUCAGGGUACUGCAGUACAUACCGAGGCAACACCUGUAAUGGUAUCCUCCAUAAGGACGCUCUGGUUUUUUUCAAUUCGUCUAAUGCUGAUCCAGAAGAAAGCCAAGAGAUGCUUGCACGGACAGCCUGGUCUGAGCUAAAAACAGUCAGCCCCCUGUGUCGCCCAGCUGCUGAAGCUCUCCUAUGUAAUUACUUUUUCCAAGAAUGCAACCCAACUGGAGAAGGACCGGCUCCCAAACCAAUAUGCAAGGAACACUGCCUUGCAGUAAAAAAUCUAUACUGCUUUAAAGAGUGGCUGUCGAUGGAGGAAAAUUCCCACAAAGGAAUCUAUAAACACGGGUUAAUGUUACUAAUGCUUCCUAAUUGUGAAAAGCUUCCCAGGAUGCAUAGUAACUCUAACGUUUGUACCAGGAUUCCAUAUUUUGAAUUACAGAAGGAAAAUAUUACCAGAACGUGUUAUAAAGGCAAUGGAAGGCAUUAUCAAGGGAUUAACAGUAAAACGGUUUCUGGUAUUCCGUGUCAAAAGUGGAGUCAGCAGUUACCACACCUACACAGAAGCCUACCUGAGGUUUUCCCAGAGCUUGCCAAUUCAGAAAACUAUUGUCGGAACCCUGGAGGAGAGAGCGAACGUCCUUGGUGCUAUACAACUGACCCGAAUGUACGAUGGGAGUACUGCAAUAUACCACAAUGCGGAACAAACUCUGCAAACUUCCCAACCACAAUUAAAACUGUCUUUGAGUCUCCUGCCAUACCUUCUUCAUCGUCAUCCUUCUCUACCAAGCACUCCAUGAUUAUCAUCAUAUCAGCCGUUUCCAGCUUUGCCGCUAUGACAUUAGUAUUAAUUGUAGCUGUUAUUUGCUGCCGCCGGCAAAAAAAAAUAAAAACCCUAAACAGGGAGACCACAACACCUACUCUUACAGCCCUGCCAUCAGAGCUUUUACUGGACAGACUGCAUCCUAACCCCAUGUAUCAGCGAUUGCCUCUUCUGCUCAACCCUAAACUUCUAAGCCUUGAGUAUCCCAGAAAUAACAUUGAAUACGUCCGAGACAUCGGGGAAGGUGCCUUUGGACGAGUGUUUCAAGCCAGAGCCCCUGGGCUACUCCAGUAUGAACCAUUCACCAUGGUAGCAGUGAAGAUGCUCAAAGAGGAGGCCUCAGCUGACAUGCAGGCGGAUUUCCAAAGGGAAGCAGCACUGAUGGCAGAAUUUGAUCACCCCAAUAUCGUAAAGCUGCUGGGGGUCUGUGCCGUUGGCAAACCAAUGUGUCUGCUUUUUGAAUAUAUGGCUCACGGAGAUCUAAACGAGUACUUACGACACCGAUCACCACGUGCCUUAAGUAGCCUUAGUCACACAAGCCUGGCGGCAAAGGUGAGGCUGUCUGACCUGAAUCCUUUGCCUCUUUCGUGUACUGAUCAGCUUUAUAUAGCUCGUCAAAUAUCAGCAGGGAUGGCCUAUCUCUCGGAACGAAAGUUUGUCCAUCGGGAUUUAGCCACGAGGAAUUGUUUGGUAGGUGAAAACAUGGUGGUCAAAAUAGCAGACUUUGGGCUUUCUAGGAAUAUGUAUUCGGCUGAUUAUUACAAAGCAAAUGAGAAUGAUGCCAUUCCAAUUCGCUGGAUGCCUCCAGAGUCCAUCUUUUAUAACCGCUAUACAACUGAAUCUGAUGUGUGGGCCUAUGGCGUGGUCCUUUGGGAGAUAUUUUCUUAUGGUAUGCAACCAUACUACGGCAUGGCCCAUGAAGAAGUAAUCUAUUAUGUUAGAGAUGGGAAUAUUUUGUCCUGCCCUGAAAACUGUCCAUUGGAGCUGUACAACCUGAUGCGUCUCUGCUGGAGCAAAAUGCCAACUGAUAGGCCAAGUUUUGCCUGCAUCCAUCGCAUUUUGGAACGCAUGUAUGAGAGAACUGUUUCUGCUGCUCAUGUUUGAUGUAAAGAUUAAU